GCUUCGCCGACAGCUCGGCGAGCAAAAGGAGGCCGAAGACCUCCUGGCACAUGUCACAGAGGACUUCCAGCAGCUCAUGGCCAUUGUGGCCAACUUGCGGCAAGCUGUCGAGAGUGGUACCAGGCCCGAGACUUUGCCGGGCCCUGACCGGCCAAAGCUUGUGCCAAAGCCGCCUUUCUGCUGGCAACCCAGCCAGGAAUACGAGAAAGAGUUCCAGGUCACUGGCGAGUACAACGAGAUCGUUACCAAAGUUGGCGACUUUGAAGAUCAGGGCUGGGUGAUUCCUGUCGGUGGCUCUUGGCGCUUGAUGCGCGGUGGCCUUUAUCAUUGGACCAUACGCAUUGAGCGAAAAUGCACGAGUCGACCACAGCUCCAACUGGGCAUCCAUGGUGCCAACCAUAAUCAACCAUGGCGUUUGGUCACUACAUCCCGGUGCUCGUGGUCCCGAGAUGAUGAGCCAUGGCAAGAUCGUGCUGGGGGUGACAGGAGGGUAGCGCAGAAAGAAUUAUCACGGCUCGGGGUGGUAGAGGGCUCGAUGGCGCGUCGAACCCGCUGUGCCGGGCUGGUCUUUACAUUUGCCUGUUCCCUGGCGCUUUUUGCAGCAUCUGCCUUCGUUGGCAGUUGGAAACUUCAAGCAAGAGCGCCCCCCUCCAGAUUGGCUGCUGGGGCGACUGCCAGCCCAGCCGUCAAGCUUUACCAAUUCGAGAGCUGCCCUUUCUGCAGCAAGGUCCGUGCAUACUGUGACUACAAUGGUGUGAAGCUCGAUAAGAUAGAGGUAAAUCCUGUGACGAAAGCCCAAAUUGAUGGUGUGGCGGGUGACUACAAGAAGGUCCCCAUUGCAGACGUUGAUGGCGAGAUCGUGACAGGAUCAGCAGACAUCAUUCGAAAAAUAGGUGCUGUCAUCGGCAGCAGCGAGACAGAAGCUGACGCGGAGUGGGGCCAGUGGGUAGAUUCGACACUGGUGAAGACCCUUCCGCCCAACAUCUAUCGCACUCCAGGCGAAGCCCUACAAAUCGCCGGCAAGGUUGGCGACAGUUUUGACCCCGUCUCAGGCACGGUCGCCAAGUAUUUCGGUGGUGCUGCCAUGUUUUUCGUGGCCAAGAGCAUGGCUAAAAAGGCCGGUAUUGCCGAAGGUAAAGAAAGGGAAGCCUUGUACGAAUCAUGUGCGAAGUGGGCUUCGGCCUUGGGUGAAAUGCCUUACUUGGCCGGAGAGAAGCCGGGAAUGGCAGACCUAGAGGUCUUUGGAGUUCUUGCAAGUGUCGAGGGCACAGAUACACAUGCAGACAUGCUGGCAAACACCGGCAUUUCUUCUUGGUAUAGCCGCAUGAAGAAAGCCUGCGGACGAGACUAG